AUGGUGUCAAAUUGCCUUUCCUCUACAUUCAGCGACGUCGACAACAAUUCAGAACUGAUUAGGUCAGAUAGAGAUAGUUAUGAAACUGAUGGAAAAGAAAUUGUUAAACCUCUUCUGUCCGAUGGGUGGGAGAAUGUUUUUGAUGAUCCUAACAAGCUUUUUCGUGGUGGUGUUGAUGCUGUUCGGUUGGCCUGUCAAAAGUAUUGUUUGAAGACUGGGUAUCGCGUAACAAAGGUGAAGAAUGAUCGUGAAAGGAUAAAAAAGUAUGUUGGGAGGCACACUUGUGGAGCUGGUGUGAAGUUGAGAAGUCCUAAAGUAUCGAAGAAGCUGGUACACAACCUUAUUCAUGAUCGUGUGAUGCACAACCCACUUAUCAAGCCUCGCGAAAUUGAAGAUUAUAUAAAAGUUGGUGCUGGUGUUAAUAUCAAAUAUCACCAUGCAUAUCAUGGUUUGGAACGGUCACACCAUGAAAUUUUUUGGAAUGAUGUAAAGUCUUACUCUGAUUUGGUUUGGUGGGUGAAUUCAUUGAAAGAAACAAAUCCUGGCUCUUAUGAGGAUUUUCAGUUUAACGAUGCAACUCAGAAAUUUGAAAGGUUAUUCAUCGCAAUAGGCGCUUGUAUUGAAGGUUAUAGACUUUGUCGACCAAUGAUUUUUGUUGAUGCAACUUUUCUGACCGGGAGAUUUAGAGGUACCCUUAUGGCUGCUACUUGUCUGAAUGGGAAUCAAGGUUUUUAUCCGCUAGCCUUUGGAUUGGUCCCAGGAGAGGAUGUUGACAAUUGGGAUUGGUUUAUGUGCAAUCUUAGCAACAUUGUUGAUGACCGUCCUAUCACCUUUAUGUCUGAUCGUCAUGAAGGAUUGUUGAGGGCUAUUCCUAAACACUUUCCUACUUCCCAUCAUGGCUAUUGUUACUACCACUUGCAAGGAAACUUACCAAUCAGGAAAUCGGACGAGAAGUACAAAGAAGUUAUGGCUUGUUUCAAAAAAGCAACUUAUGCUCUCACACCAGCAAGAUAUGAAGAAGCACUAAUGGAAAUGGAGUUAAUGGGAAGGCCUGGGGUUGCUGAGUAUUGCCGCAAUAUGCCUAGGGAACAUUGGUCCAGCGCGUUCUUCACUGGCUGUAGAUUUGGUCAGACUACAUCAAGCGUUGCUGAGUCCUUCAAUAAUUGGAUUCGGAAAGACAAGAGGUUGCCUGCCUGCGCCCUCGUUGACAUGAUCAGGUUACGCGUUAUGGAGUUGAUGAAUGAACGUCGCGAAAUGAGUCUUUUGAUGGACCCAGAGAAGCUCACUCCUACCUACGAGGCGUUACUUAAAGAACAUAUUCAAAUUGGUCGAGUUUGGAAUGUUACUCAGUCAUCUGCGUAUGAGUAUGAGAUUCAUUCGCCUAGGUCUCACACUGUUGAUCUGCUGAACAAGACUUGCACCUGCCAAAGAUGGCGUGUUUAUGGUUUUCCAUGCUCUCAUGCUACAGCAGCUAUAUCUGCCAAGGGUGAUCGAUACGUAGAUUAUAUCGAAGACUACUUCAAAGUUACAAAUUUUCAGCAGCUGUAUUCAAUUGCUAUCAGACCAAUCCCCAACUACAACAGGCCAGAGCAGUAUCUGCCAGAGGAUACUAUUUUUCCACCCCAUCCACGAGUUCCACCAGGUAGGCCAAAGGGAAAUCGUAUCAAGAAUGCAUGGGAGAAAGCUAGGAAGUCCGUCCGUUGUUCCAACUGUAAGAAGAAAACUCACCACAACAAGGCAACGUGCACUGUCAUUCCUUCAUACCCAUGA